UUGGCUAAAUCUUCUCUUUAGCUAUCCUGGUUUAAAGACACCUGCAUAGUCACUGGAAACAGAACUUCACAAACAAUUUAGCUCAAGUAAAUGUGCGUUCUCUGAAGAGACAUUCCAGUAACACCUUGAAGUCCAGUUAGCAAGAGAAGUGUAAAAACUAUUGUGAUUAUUAGUAUUUUUAAUCUAGGAUUGAGGCACAGUUACACUAAGCCCGUUACUAAGGGGCUUAUUACAGAUUGUUCAUGUUGGCUCAGAUGUAAUCAUCACUGAUAGUUUAGCUUAACAGAGAUUCUUUGUUAAUGGUAUCUGCAAAGCUGACUCGAGAGAACUGGCAACUCACUUUUAGCUACCAGGUUGUAAAAUAGACAUCUGUGUUUCAUGGAAGCUUAAGAUGAAAUAAUUUAAAGACUGCCAGAUAAGUAGCUACACUACACUAUUUCUUGCUGUCUCGGGAGUACUGAAGAACGGGGAAGAUCCCCCUAUGCUCUCUGCUCAGCAUGAGAUCUUUUUCUGGAACAAGUGAUGCCAUGCCCCUUUUAGCAGUAUCUUCUCUUAAUUUCUUUUAAUUUGAUGCACCAAUAUCUAAUGGUGUCUCAAGUGGAGAGCAAAGAGCCAUGAAUUUGCUACCCAGGGAUUGAUAGUCCAGUGUGAAGCAAAUGCUGUCAUGCAAAUACCUCUGCGUUCAGUAUUUUUAAAGUGCUUUCCCCCCAGAAAUGUGGAUAAAUGCUGAGGGAUAUUUUAUAUUUAGCUCUUGAUUUUUUAGUGUAGCUCUUAUUGCCUGAAUUUUCUGAGCAUUCAGAAACUACUCUGAGAGGCGCACCAGAUGGAAGAGAGAGGGCUGAUAUUGGAUAGAUGGCCUACUGUGGGCCCUAACUUCUAGUUAAACUACGCUAGGUAACCGCAAUGGAGUAUCUUCUUGUAAGUGUGACCUGAGAGCUGAUUGUCUGGAGCGUGGUGCAUUAUUCUGUAGUUCAAGGCAGGUUGAAAAUGGAGUCUCUAAAUAGCUCUGAAAAGGGAAGCUGCCCCUCCCUUAGGAGAGCAUUUUCCAAGUUGUGGCUGACCCCCAUUCCAGAAGGGCUCCCAAAUGAGUGAACUCGUUCCAGAUGUUUUCAGUCUCCUGGGCCGCUAAGCCCACACCUUCCAGGAAUGUCUGACUGUGGGAAUUCCAUCUCUCGAAUAAGCCAAAGAAGAAUGCAGUCUGUCUGUCUCACUUGGCAAGGUUUCACUCUUGGCUUCGUGGCCUAGAAGUGGAAAUAGUCUACCAGGGCCUAUAAAUCUGAGUCUGACACACACCUUGCCUAUUGGCAGUUAUGCCACCAGAGCCAGUCACGUUCCUGCGAGAACAAAGAACAGGGACUUUUCUUGUUCCCUUAGCCAGUCAAACUUUUAGUUUGUAAUUUCACUGAGCCUGCCUCACUUGGCGCAGCUUAAUUGUGGUAUGACAGUUCUUUGCUGUAACAAUCUAUUGUGCCGUGCAUGUCAAAACAGGGAAACUGAAGUUGCUGGGGUGAUGUGUAGCUGUCUGAUAAAAGGUACUUCCUCAGGGUUUGCCCUUUUAGGUUCCAAUAUCACAUGCUCCUUGCUUAAAGUAGUCCUGGGCUGAUUGCUGCAACAAGUACAGAGGUGUCCUCAUCUCAAAUAGUGGACUGUUCUUUUUAUAGCCACAGAGAAUGACUCAGAUGCUGACUCUCUAAGUGGGAGGUAUUGCAAUACCUGGUUGACUGAUUUCAGGACAAGGUAGGAUUCGUGGAAUGGAGUCAACCCCAAGGUCCCUCAUGCAGUGGCUAGACUUGUUAUAUGAACAUUUUCCAGGUUAGAGCAAUAAAAACUAUAACCAGGAUACUGUCAUGGUGGAGGGGCUGUCAGCAGUUUUAACAAGCAGAUCACAAGGAGCUUGGCUUUGCAGAAGGGCCCAACAUCCUGCCCUAAUGAGAGAACCAGAUUGAAUCUUGAGCUUUCCUGAAAAGAAAGCUGUAAACACAUGCAGGGAAGAUAACACACUUCAAACUUCCUUCCUCUUUCUAGGAACUCCAGCAGCUCAGCAAGCAAUAUAACAAUAUCAGAUUGCUUCAACUUGAUGUGGUCUCUGAAAACAGCAUAAAAAAAGUAGUUAAGGAAGUAGAAGAGAUUGUAGGAGACAAAGGGCUGAACUGCCUCAUUAACAAUGCUGGCAUCAAUGUGCUUGCUUCCCUGGAAGAUGUCACUGCUGAAACAAUGCUCACCAUUUAUGAAACCAACACGGUUGCCCAGCUGAUGGUUACCAAGGCUUUUCUUCCUCUUCUGAGAAAAGCAGCCCAACUGAGCACUGGCAUGGGGUGUCACCGAGCUGCCAUUAUCAACAUGUCCUCGCUAGCUGCCUCCAUGCAGUUGGUCCAGGCAAAUGAGAUGUUCCUCAAAGUGUAUCCUUACAGAAUAGCAAAGACUGCACUAAAUAUGAUCACCAGGUGUCUUGCUGCAGACUUGAAAUCAGAUGGAAUUCUUUGCAUUUCUUUGCACCCAGGAUGGGUUCAAACUGAUAUGGGAGGAAACCUGGCUCCCUUACAGGUGGAAGAUUCAAUUCCAGGUAUCCUCUCAGUCCUGGCUAAUCUUGGUGAAAAGCACAAUGGCUCCUUCCUAGACUGGCAAGGCGAAACAUUACCGUGGUAACAUCAAUGGGACCAGAUUGCCAGCUAAUAUUUAACUUGUGGCACUGUCUUUGUCUAUAGUUUCUUUUUUUAUACUAGUUUUGAAAUAACCUGUUUGUUAUUCAACUGGACAGAUGUAUUUGGGACGUAGUGACAGAUUUUUGUUUGUUUGUUUUUAAUCUGUAAUGACUUGACCAGAGCAAUAUGCCUUUUGGCAAACACUUUGCCUUGGAAGGCAAGGCAGCAGCAUUUGGAGUGGGUACUCUUCACCUACCACCCCAACUUGCUAAAGUGCAGCUUGAGGCUAGGAACUGUUCCACUUAGCUUCCAAAAAACCAAAGGAGAUAGCUCUUCAAAUGUAAUAUAAGGCAUACUACCUUGGCCAAAAUCAGAGGUGACAGACACCACUGCCUCUGGAGUUAGGCCUACUGAUAUAUGAAAUGGAAUUAUUCAGAUAUUUCAUGCUGAAAGGUAGAGGGAGAUGUCUGGAUUUCUCCUGAAAAGUGAACUGCUUUCUUACCUUUUGUACUGUACUUGAAUCUUGCAGGUGACAACUCAGGUGAACCACUAGUGAAGUUCACUUAAUUAAAUCACCUGGAUUCUGCAUUUCUGUAACCUCUUCAGUCUCUUCUGUUAGCAAGCCCAUGUUGAUUGCACAAGACUCUUGUUUACUUCCACAAUGGAUGCCUAAUACACCCUGGUACGAUGGGGGAGGCUCUUGGACAUAAUCUCCUAACCAGUCUCCAAUAAAAAUCUCAUUAAACAAAACACCUGUUUACUGAA